CAUAGGCGUAAUAAUGCAGUUUAUUUUCAGAAACGAGCCGUUCUAGGAGAGUGUUUGAGAUUAUAGAAUAUAAACAUUGCUCCCGAAUUUAACAGGUUAAAUGGUGUAGGUGUUUAUGAUAGAAGAACUGCUUAACAUCUUCGAAUAAAUUUUAUUUCAUCAAGUUUUCCAGCGGUUAUACAAUUACCAUUUAUUUUUUACAGUGAUAUAGAACAACAACGUGCCCGUGCGUGUCCAUUUCAGAAAAUUGAUUUAUUUUGUUUAUUAAUCUCGUGAGGUAAGAGUGAAAUUGUAACGGCAAAUUCAAAAUGACACUAGUGACAGAAAAGUAGUGGUGAGUGGUGUGUAGUUCGCGAACGUACUAGUUCAGUCCAACAAUUGUUAUGAACUAAGUGAACUAGUUCAUCAUUCCACGAAAAUCUCUAUUCACUUCGAACGACUGAUGACGUGACUUGAUGAUGCCGCAGGGGUAUUAUAGAAAAAAACUUGAAAAACGACAAAAUGUCAUCUUGCAGAUUAGGUAGUUUUUAGUGAAAUAGUUCGUUCCACGUGUGCUCGGUAUAGUCUCUGUAGGCGUCAUCAAAACCGUUCAUCUAUGGAAGAAUGAUUCAACGACAUGCCACGCUCAUACAUGCAUUACUGGUUGCAGAAAACCAAGUAGUGUUCAUGAGGUACAUAGAACAGGAGGAGGAGGAAGCGAUCAGCAUCGACCAGGAGCUGUUCAACGAUUACAGAUUCUCUGUGGAUCAGCUCAUUGAACUGGCCGGGCUUAGCUGUGCUACAGCCAUUGCAAAGACAUACUCAAUGGAGAAAGUUGGAAACAAAUCUAUAUUAGGAGAAACACAAUCAAGAUGUACCGGCUCUCCAUACUCUGCAUCUUCACAAUAGCUAUAUCCUGGGCUCAACAGCCUCUUGAACCACCCAUCACAAGCUACGACUACAUCGUGAAAUUCACUAUCAACAUGGACGAAAACAAAGUUCCAUAUUACAUCGUAAAUGGAAUUUACAACCGAUUUGAAGGAAACGUAACUGUCGAUGACGUCAUACAGCUGUACAGGAUUAGGCAGUUGUCUCUGAACCAAGCAAAGCUGGUGCUGAAUUCGAUGGAUGUUCCGACUGACACGGUGUUUUCAGGGGAUACGUUCGAAACUGUUUUGAAAGACUUGAGGUUGGACUUUACUACGUUCUACAGCAAUGUCUUUUUGCUUUCGUUUGGUACUUCUGGUGAACCGUUAAGGAAAUUCUUGGAAACUUUAGAUAUCGACUUGCCAGCGUUUACAUCAUCCAUUGUACUCGGAAUGGGUGACCCACUGGACGUAAUAAAACAAGGCAACUUCUCUAACCUCGAACCAGCUCUUAACGAAAUUGGAAAAACUCCUAAUGACCUAUACAAAGCAAGCAUGAACACCUUUGCUGACGCUGCAGUUAAGCUAUCACUUCGUGAAUUUGUCGAAAUAUUGAAGAAAAACGGUUUAACAGAAGCUAAAGCUUUGAUCUUAUGGAACACAAUUGGUAUUGAUGUUCGUGACAUAUACUUAAAUCAGGACUUCAACAAACUUUUGCUCGAAACGAAUAUGGACCUUAGGAAAGAUGUAGUAGGGGUACUUAUAGGAAACAACAGUAUUGUGACAGAUAUAAAUGUAGGGAUUUUUCUCAAGGAAGCUAAGCAAAUAUCAAGAAUCGAAGCGAAGCCUUUGAAUGAUACUUUAGAACUGAAGGACAUCAAACCAGCCUAUUCGAGCUUCGAAAGUUUAGCAGUACUGAAUUUCCAAAGUGAACAUAAUACUAGUUACAUUUCGUAUGGGAUGUUGAAUGGAAAAGAAGAAAACUGUACUUUCAUAACAUUGAGAAACGACACUAUUGUAACGGAAAUUGUGACGCCUGUCGAUAAAAAGACUCACGUUGAAAUUGAAAGUAAAAUGCCUUCAGAAUACGUGAUCCCUGGAAGUCCUUUGGUGUGUGAUGAUAAGGUUUACGGGUUGGCCCGGGACAAUGGUCACAGUUCUCGAAUUGUCAUUUUAGACAAUUUCAGAGAAAUCACUUCCGGUACAAACAUGUUAAGUAGUUGUUUAGUAGUCUUGAUUAUCGGUAUUAUUAAUAUGAUACUGUGAUGACUGUAUUUAAGUAAGAUGAUUCCUGUGACAUCAGUGUUCAGAAAAGACUAGUCUUUCUACAGUUUUGAAAAAUGAUUUACCCAUCAGCAUUAGAAGUAAACAUACCUAGAUACAUUUUUCUAAUUGUAAUACUAAAACAUACGAUUCUCAUUUGGCUAUAAUACGAACUUCAUAUCUAAUAAGCUGUUACAUAUCGACAUCGAUGGAACAUAGCAAAACUACCUCCAGAGACCAAUUAUUAUAUUUUGUUUAAAGCAAAGCCUCAAUGUUUGGAACUUAAUAUGCUGUUGUAGCUGUCUCGAAUACUAAUUUACUUUGGUAUAACCAAUAUCUCAAUUGUUACCUCGCUUUUACUCGGGAUAAUAAAGAUGCGAAGAACAUCGAUUUUGUAUGUUGUAUUUGCAUUUCCGCUAAUGUAAUAAAGUAUAUGACAGCCG